AUGGACGCGUUAAAUUCUGAACACGCACUAAAACUUGACGAUGGAAUGGAAAUAGAUUACUUAGACAAUUCGUCAUUUUCAGAAGAUGAGGAUGUCGUUUUUGACGCGCCGUCGGUUCAAGCGGGACCUUUAACUAGUUCAUAUACUUAUCAUUCACCAUUACCUUCGGCAUUGGAAAUCGACGAAAGAGAACCUUGCAUUUUGGGCGUAGACGAAGCUGGGAGAGGUCCCGUUCUUGGUCCAAUGGUUUAUGGUAUCUGUUAUUGUCCACUCUCUAAAUACGAACAAGUUUCUAAAUUGGGCUUCGUUGACUCAAAAACUCUUAAAGAAAGUCAUCGAGAAUCUCAUUUUCAAUUAAUUCAAUCACAUAAGGACAAUAUCGCGUGGGGUGUGCGUGUAUUGUCACCUCAAGAUAUUUCGUGGAAUAUGCUAAAAAUAAAUAAGUAUAAUCUAAAUGCUCAAGCACAUGAUACCACGAUCCAACUGAUACGGCAGGUGUUAGCUCAAGAGGUCAACGUGACAGAGAUAUAUGUUGAUACAGUAGGACCUCCCGAGUCAUAUAAAACAAAACUUUCGAACAUAUUUCCUGGAAUAAGCAUAACUGUGGAAAAAAAAGCAGAUAGUAAGUUUCCUAUCGUGAGUGCCGCAAGCAUUUGCGCUAAAGUCACGCGCGAUCAAGUCUUGAAACAUUGGACAUAUAUUGAAAAAGAAUUAAAGUCGUCAAAAACAUUUGGCUCCGGAUACCCGUCAGAUCCCAACACAAUGCACUGGUUAAAAAAUAAUAUGGAUCCCAUAUUUGGAUUUCCACGAGUCAUGCGCUUCAGCUGGGCAACUUGUGAAAACUUACUAAAGAAAGGGGCUAUUCCUGUAACAUGGUCCGAAGAUGUACCUCAUGAGUCUAUAACUCAAUUUUUUGAACAAGAAGAAAAGAAACAGGAAAAACCGCAAUCAAGGCUGUUUAUGGAUAUGGGAUUAAAAUGCGUGUCAGAUUUUUAA